AUGUUGGCUUUCCUAAAGAUAAGGAAGCGUGACCGGACGGAACAGGGGCAGCUACUGAAAGUUGGAAUCAAUAAAAAGCUGUCGGUUUAUCAAGCUGCAACCAGGUUACAAAUCAAUAGUCUUUCAUCUGUUGAUUUGGAUGGGAAGUCAUCGAAGAGGUUGUUGCAUGGAACUUUGGCAUUGUUGAUAGAAGCUGCUGAAGCAUGUUUAUUCUCUGUCUGGCGAAAGUUGAGAAUUUGUGAUGAGCUCUUCGGCUUAUUGUUUGUGGGGAUUUCCCAAAUUGCUCUCACUCGUUGUCGUCAGCUGCUGCGUGUCUUGCUCAUUCGCUUCAAACCCCUUGUGUUAAGUACAUGUGCUCAGGGAAUUUCUCUUCAAGCAGUAGGUGGGCCAUACAUGUGGAAUACUCGGUGGCCUUCUGCUGUUCAGCGUAUUUCUCAAGGGACCCCACCUCUUGUAAGUUGA